AUGGCUAGCACAAAACUCAACGACUGGGCGGACGAGGACUUCGAGCUCCCACCCACCACCGAGACGACGGGCGCGGACGGGAUCACGACGAUCAUCUCGUGGAAGCUCGAUGAGAAUGACAAAAAGGUCAAGGUGACGCGGAGGGUUCGCCGCAAGGUGCAGACUUCGUUGGUGUCACACUCAGUCGCUGAGCGCAAGCACUGGGCCAAGUUCGGCAGUGACAAGGGCAAGCCGGCCGGCCCCGACCGCCAGACGACCAUCAUUGGCGAGAACAUGCACUUCAAGAUUGCGCCUGUUACGCGGCAGGCUGCCGACGCGGCUGCGGCUGAGGCUGCGGCCAACGAGGCGGCCAAGGCUGCGCCGGGCAAGGCUGUCGUCUGUCGUCUCUGCAAGGGUGGACACUUUACUGCCAAGUGUCCGUACAAGGACCAGCUUUCCGAGCUCGACUCUGCCGCUGCCGCCCUCGACCCCGAGGAGGAGGCUGCUAUCCGUGGCCCAGGCCUCGCUGCCCCUGGAUCGGGCGUUACGGGACGCUAUAUCCCGCCUGGACAGCGUGGUGGCGGUGCUGGCGAGUCCAUGUUCCGCUCGCGCGACGACCUCCCCACCCUCCGUGUUACUUCGCUUUCGGUCGAUGCGCAGGACGACGACCUGCGGGCCCUGUUCGAGCCGUUUGCGCGUGGUGGUCGCCUCGCUCGCGCCAAUGUUGUGCGUGACCGUGAGACGCGCGAGAGCAAGGGUUUCGGGUUUGUGUCGUUCGAGAGCCGCAAGGACGCGGAGGCCGCACUCGAGAAGAUGAAUGGGUACGGUUACGACAGUCUUAUUCUCAACGUCUCGUGGUCCCAGCCCCGCGAGCCGCGCCCGUAA